AGUGUUUAUUUAAACAAAAAUGCAUCCUCUUCACCCUCGCAUCGGUGAUUUGGUUCAGUGUUGCUGAAGAAACCGCCAGAAAAUGUGGCGGCAAAAACCAUUUCCGGCAGCCGCGGAUUCCGAUCAGAGCUUCUCCGAUGAUGAGGACUUCGAUGGUGAUUCGUCCAGAAACUGCAUUUCACUGAGUGGCUGCGCGGAGACAGAGGGAGGAUUACAAAUUCUAUCUCAGCUCGAAAAGCUUAGAGAUGCAAAUGAAGCUAAUUAUGCAAUGGAAGGCGUGUCAGUUGAGAAGCAACCAGGAUGUGUCCUUGAAGAUGAUGUUGAAAUUCCUAGCUUUGGAAUUGAAAGUGGUUUCAUCUGCUCCCCGAAGAGGUCACCUAAGUGCUGCUCAGAUGAGGAGAUGAUAUCUGAUGAUGAGGAGAAUAAUGUCCUUUCGAAGUUUUCAUUAACUUCUAGUGAAAAGAAAGGUGGAGAAGAGAUACAUUCUAUAUUUACAAGACGAGAGGUGACAAGUUGGUUGAGUGGAAAUUCUCCACAUUCGUUUACGCAUUCAGUCCAAGCCCAAGCAAAUCAGUCUUCUGGAGCUGCAGGUGCCCGAGGAAAAGCCAAGCCAAAGUUCUCUUUGGGCUGUUUUAUACAGAAGGAUGAACCCUCAUCGUCCUUUACUCUCCAGGAUGAUAAUGUUGUUUCAAGACUGGCUUGUGAACUGCCUGAAAGUGCUGAACACAGGGAGAGCAGAACUGUAGCAUGUUCAGCUGGAAACAACCUUGCAGAUUCUGAAGAAGAAAUGAAUCCCCAGUCAUCAAUUGCAUGCCCUGUGGAAGUUCCCAGGCAUGGAUAUACUGAUCAUUCUAUGGCUGAGCUUUUAGACGGCCUUCAUGAGAGGACUGGUCUGGCGAGAGGAAUAAACAAGUCUAGCCGAAAGAGAGGGCAAAGGAUGCAGUCUGUUGGGAAGAGAAGCAUGACCACCAUUCUGGAUAGUGAAGAUGAACCUAUGUCCAUGGAUAGUGAUUCUCCAGGGGAAGAAGAGAGCGACUUUGAUAAUCUAAAAAUUCCUCCACCCCAAAGGAAAAGGCAUACUCUAGUUGAUUGUUUUCAGGAAGUUCUAGAUGCUAGCCCUUGGAGGGACAGAGUUGCUCUCGCUGCUAAUCCUUCAGGCUCUGGAUUAUUUGAGAGGUUGCAGCAGGUCAUGCGCUCUGAAAAGGAGAGAGAACUGGAAUUCUCGAACAAUUUGGAGCCCAGUGGCGCGCCUCUUUGUGGGACAAGCUGCCUCCAUGUCCUCAUCCUAUCGAGCUACUUGGAUGCAAAGUUGAUAGUUUGCCGCUGUUCUCUUAAGAAGAUACCGGAGAGACUGCAGGAGCCACAGAGCCCUGAAUCGGUUUCGCAGUGGAGAGGAGAGAGGACAGUUAUAUUUAGUCCAAGAAUUUUCAGCAAUGUAGACCUUGAAGUUGGGAAACUGAUUUGCAUUUGCCCUCCUUGAUAUUCCUAGCACUCUCGUUGCCACGUACUGAGGUGGCAGAACGGUGUCGUGGGGGAAAAUAACAGAUUCUUCAAAGUAGGCAUGUUGUCCAUACUGAGUGUUUAAUUGCUGAUCGGUUAGGAGCAUACAGAUGGUGUGCAAUGCCUGCCCAUAUCUAACAAGUUUGUGCAUCUCUAGCUGCAUUGAGAGUCCAGACUAUGUAAACCGAGAGACUUCCCCAUUGAUCUUCACUUCAUGGUUUUGAAAUAGAAGACAGAUCCACCGUUAUGGGAAAUCUGAGGCAGCUCGUUUUCUCUACAGGAAGGAGGUCCAACUCAUGAGCGAAGAUGAACGCGUUCUCCUCUCUACAUAUUUUUCACUAGUAUCUGUUUGACUUGAGGUUGCUUGGCUUCCGUAAACUUUGUCAUCUCGAGGAUGAUUGCUUAAAGGUAACGACUAAUCUGAUUUUGCUCCAUUCCUGCUGUCGACUGUAAACUGGUCUGCAUAAUUUCAGAAGUUCCCAUUGUAAUACUGUAAACAGGAACUCAUAUUUCUUCUUAUAGAGUGUUUAACUACAAAAGAAUAUUGUUGUGUACAAGGAAGUAUUAUGCCAUC